AACCUUUGGUGGGCGAUAAGCCAAGCCAAUUAUACUGUCAACGGUUAAGUUGAAUUAGAAGGAAAUAUUCAUUAUAAAUAGUUAUAUUUCAAUUAUUUAUAAGUAAUGUGAUGAUAUUGUAUCGUCCGUGUGCUAUUUUUAUCAAUUUCCAUAAGUGGAUGUGCCAAGAAACCCAAGCUUGCGACGUGUCUAAUGGCGCUGACGGGAGAAUUUCGCGCGCGAUUGUGACGGAUUCGUGGCAAUUUUUACCGCAGCUGAUUCAUGUAUUUCCACAAUUUUAUCAUUUUAAAUCGAAGCUUAUGUAUUCUUGUGAAGAUAUAAGCCCCAAAUAUGUGAUUUUUUCUAAAAUUAUGGCCCUAAAACAGCCUCUGAAAAAAUUUCUCCCGCCAAUCAGCAGGGGGCACGCUGCGGGAUCAUCCACCUAUAAAGGGUGUUUUACGGCCAAAUCUUUCGUGUUACUGGUGUACAAUACAUUGUAGAGAGCUCGUUAUUAAAAUAGACUGCAAGAGUUUCAUGAUAAAUUUGGAAUUAUGCCCUCAAUUACGGUUGUCAAGUGACAUAACCCUAUUUACAAGUUGAACAUGACAUGCGGCUGUGUAGAUAAAGUGCCAGUUGAAAAAUCACAACUACAAUGGCACAAACUGGUUCAUCUUGUGAAUCCAGUGAGAAACGUUUGACCUUGAAAAGAAAAAGAGAUUCCACAGACGAUGAGGUAGAGAAUAUGCCACCGAUGAAGAUCUCAUCGGUACUUGAAGAUGAACUCCUUGACCAACCAGCACACAAUGUAGUGGUGGAAUCUUCGUCAUGCUCCAGUGAUGAUGAGAGCUCCCAGUAUGGUACUACAGACCAGCCAAGAAGUGUAUACACAGACAUAGAUUACAACCCUGAUAGUUUCUUAAGCCCACCUAGUAUUUCCGAUCUACCUAAUUGUGUUCUCAGCCCACUGGAAAAUGUGGCAAGAGGCGAGUCCACACCACACUCAAAUAAGAGGCCUAGUACCAGUAAAUUACCAUGCCCAACAUUGCCCAAACGCAAGUGUCCUCUACCUGGCUUGUCCUGGGCGGACCCUGAAGAUGUGUGGAACAAUAUGUGUGACUGUGAUGCCAGAUCUAGUAAUAAGAAGAACCCCAAUAUGUUUGACAAUCACCCUAAUCUACAACCCAGGAUGAGAGCUAUUCUACUGGACUGGUUGAAUGAGGUAUGUGAGGUAUACAAGUUGCACAGAGAAACGUUUCAUCUCACUGUGGACUACGUCGACAGAUAUCUAUCCAACACAGAAGAUGUGCAAAAAGGCAGAUUGCAGCUUAUAGGUAUAACGUGUUUAUUUAUAGCAGCGAAAGUAGAAGAAGUGUAUCCACCCAAAAUCGGCGAGUUCGCGUACGUGACAGAUGGAGCGUGCACCACAGACGAGAUACUCCUGGAGGAGCUUCUCAUCCUGAAGAUAUUGUCGUGGAGCAUCACGCCCAUCACCAUCAACAGCUGGCUGAAUGUGUACAUGCAGCUCGCCAGCGAGGGCCGCAGCGCCAAGCGACGCCUGCUCGGGGAGAGUGACGUCGGCGCCAACGCGCUCCGAGGGUACACCUUCGUGUUCCCGCAGUACUCGUCGCUGGAGUUUGUGAUUUGUGGACAAUUGAUAGACUUAGCAGUGUUACACGUGGACGUGAACCAAUUCCCGUACAGUGCCGUCGCCGCAGCGGCCAUGGCACACGCGUUCUCCAAAGAAUUAGCUAUAAGAGUAUCUGGGUACAGCUGGGAGGAGCUGGAGCCGUGCUGGCGGUGGCUGGCGCCGUGCGUGAGCGUGGUGCGCGGCGAGGGCGCCGUGUGCGUGGUGCGCGGCGGGGACGGCGAGUUCGUGCAGCGCGCCGCCGGGCUCGACCUCAUCUGCCCCGACGUCAACCUCGACGAGAGCCACCGCAUACAGUCGCACAACGUCACCCUCGACAUGUUUGAUAAAGUGUACCAGAUAAUGACGGAACAGCAGUCGUCGACGCAGGGUGACACGGCGGCGUCCACGUCGCAGGACAGCGAGCACAUAUUCCCGCCGACGCCGCCGCAGUCGGACCACAAGAGCCCGAAGACUCCAACUACUAAGACGCCGUCGACGCGGCACUGCAGUGGCCUGUCGCCAGUGCCCGAGGUCCGGCGACUCUCCGCCGAGUGAUAAUACACUUUAUAUUAAGGUGUGUCUUGUUGUAUUCUUUGUUAUGUUCUGAUACUAGUUUUUUUAAGAGAAGUUGUUGUAAUACUCUUUUGAUUUGGUACAAUUUGACAUCUGAAGUAGAGCCAAGCAGCUCCAUUUUUUUUAUUAUUGUACUGUUUGCCAUUGAGCACGGAAAUUUUUAGCGUCCUUUUGGAUAAAUUUAUCAAUUUCUUAUGGUAAGAGAAAAUGUAUUCUGACUAUAAUAUGCACACUUGACUCACAACAUAGUUGGAAGACUUAAGACUUAUACAUACAGAAGUACAUACUGUAAAGUCUAUUUUAUAUAAAGCAAAACAUAUGCUAGAGGAACCUGCUACUAAUUUUAUUAGUAUAACGAUAUAUGACUAUUUAAUUCAACUAUUCACUAAAGUACACUAAGGCACGCGACCAUUAAAAUAUAUCGCGAAGUACUUCAAUAAGAAAUAGAUAAUAUGCUAAUAAAUUAUAUGUCACACUUAAUUGUCAUCACACUUGGACCACCAACAUUAUAGGUUACGGACUUUAUUCGACAAAACAAAUGGACUUGUGUAGAAACAACUGAUAUGUCUGUAUUUAUACAUUGCAAUGUAACAAGCCAAUCUACACUGGUAUCUCCCGAUUGUACAUUUGGAUUGUAUUUUUAAUAAGAAAUGGCGAGUAUCUAAUGCGAGUGCGUGUUUGUUGCUGCUUAUUAACAUCACUAGGCACUAAUGACGCGACUGGUGUGUGCAUGACACUAACACAUCAAUUGAGGAGAUACCAGCCACUCAUUCUAUCAGGAUCCUACUUUCUUGAACAAAAUCUCUUUGAAGUGUGCUGUUACUUUAGAUCUGUCAAUGAUUUUCAAUAUACAAUUUGUUUUGAAUAUGCAAAACAUCAAUCACCAUGCAGAUCUAAGAAUACCACUAAUGAGUUAGAAUUAUUUAUAAGUAGCCGUUUAAGUUAAUAAAUAAAAAUGUUACAAAGAAACCCUUGCAAUCCACAGAUGAUUUAUGUGUAUGAUAUAAUAAUAAGAAAGAUUCUAUCUGUGUAUUGCAUUGAAGUUUUGAAGUAACUAGAAAAAAAAAUGUUGCUCACACAACAAAUAAAAAUGUAAAUAAUAUAAUUAUUGUUCCUACUUUUGAAAAAUUCUAAUAUAUCAAUGGUUUUGGACUUACGCUAGCUUAAGCCAUUACAUGCUGCUUAAACAUUCCAUGCAAUUUAUGUUGUCACCUACAACAUGUUUAAGUAGAGAUAAUCCACCGUAUUACUUUUAAAUGCAAUUUUAAUAAUAAUUUUAAACAAGGUUGUGUCUUCUCGUCUUGUAACAUCUAUCUUAUCAACGAUUGCUUCCAUGUCAGCUGGAAGCACUACUUAUACUUUAGUAUGGAUCAAAUAUUGCUAGGUAAACCACAAAGAAAUAUCGACGUGGUCGCAUAAUAUUAUAUUUUUAUGUAAAUAAAAAUAAGAAUGCAUUGCAAUGAAUCAUUUUUUCAAUCAAUACUUUAUUCUGAAUCUUUAACUAAUUAGUUAGUUUACUGCUACUAUAACUUUAUUGGUCUUUAUUUAAAAAUUGCCGUUUGAUUGUGCAUUACACACUCACGAGUUACCGAAACAAUCAUUUUCGUAUUUUUUUUAUAUCGUAAUUAUUAUCUUUAGUAUCCAAAUCAAAUGUCAAUAUCUUAUACAUAAUCUAUGUUUAAAAAAACUGUUCCCACUUACUAGUGAAUUAGAUGUAUACUUUAGUCCUUGAUUUUCUCAACGUUUUGUAUAUAAAUUGAUAAAUAUUGUAAUUUAUUUCUUCUAAUUGAUGAUAAAAGAACGCAAAACGUUCUAGAGACUGAUAACUAGAGCUUUGAGUCAACUGUUUAUUUAAUAUUGAUAUAAAUUCUUAUUGUAUGUAAAAAAUAUAUCGCGGCGUAUUUUAACCAAAGACUUGUUUCCGUUGGAUCGUUUCAUUUGGCACACUUAGAAAUGACGUAGAAUUGUGUAAACUGCCCGUGAGUAUGUGGAACACUAUUCAAUGAACUGAAUGCAUGAAAUUCUAACUCUCGAUGCUAUUACAGCUUACUCUUAGACAUUAAGUAGGAAAAAAAUGCUUUAUAUAUAUCGGAAAUGAUUCGCAUGUGUAUUAUAUACUGCACAGCACCACCAUGAACAAUAUUGUGACCAAUACGCAUGUUUAUGGCCAAUUUGACGCCAUUACUUAUGUAUAUCAGGCCCAUAUGUACUUUUAUUGCAGUAGUGACUAACUACAAUCAUUAUACACCGUUUUAACAUAUUACAUAUAUCUCCGAUUUGUGUAAUUCACUUUGCUUUUCUUUUUUGCCAAAUAAACCUUCGAGUGAUGGAUUAAACUUUCCAAUGUUCGAUUAUUUGUCGAUUGUCUGGAUAUCAAGUAAUACCUGCAUGUCUCAAAAUAGCAUAUAUGCAUUAUUAUAUCACGGUCUGAAGCCAUAAAACAUUUCUUUUUUAAUCUAAGCGACUUGAUAGCCGACAUCGACAAUAGUCGGACAUGUUUUCUCAAAAUUAAGACUGUCCUCUGCCCUAACUUCUUUCACUUCACUCGACGACCCUAACAUAUAAGAAAUCUGUUGUACAAAUUGUAUUCACCAUAUUAUAUGGAUUUAUUGUAUUUUAAUGUGUAACAAUGUACAGUGUACCUAACUCCAAUAGAACCGGGUAUUGUUCGUUUUAGAAAAUUCAAUGUAGAAAUAAGUUGAACGAUUACGCUUAUCCACUAAGGCGAUGCUGGCCUUAUAAAUAAGACUUAGAUUUGUUACUUUAUAUGAAAAUAAUUUAAAAAUUAUAUUCUUAGUAGAAAAUGAUUAGAAUUUUUAGAUAUAAGUUAUUUUUAUAUCAAUUUAUUGAAGUAAUAUAAAAGGUACCUAAUUGUAAAUGGAACUACAAUAUUGUUUGCCGGACUUCAUCGCAUGUGAUCUCAUGUCAUGGAUAAUAAAAGUAAAUCAGAUGUAAUUAGUGCAAUACUGCAUCAAUCACAUUUUGUAUGUACAGUCAUUCAAGGCGAAAUAGUAUUAAUAAAUAAAUGGUGUUGAUUAUUUA